AUGGCAGGCAAAGGGAAAUCAAGUGCAAUUAUGCGAGCAGUUCGUGAAGAGGCUGAACAUCAAGAAUGCGAGCGCGAGCGCAUGACUAUGUCUACACGACGUAGGCGAGAGGCUGAGAGAGCUGGUGAAGCCAGAUCAUCAGUUCCACAUCCCGAUGUUGGGUCUUCUCGUGCUAUUGAGGAGGAGGAAGAGGAGGAUGCUGUGGAACCCGUUCACGAGACUGAGGUUGUAGCUCGUGGAGGUCGUAGAGGUCGUGGAGGCCGAGGACGGGGCCGUGGAGGUCGUGGUGGUCGACCUCAUACUCGAGUCAAUCCGGAUGUGCUACAUGGUCCAUUUCCCGGUGGGCCGCGGGAUCCGUCUUUGAUACCGAGUUUCAAGUCGCACGUAGUGGCAUAUAUUUGGAGGGGAGAAGAACGUCCGGUUGGACGGGUGGAGUCCCGUAUCAACUCCUUGAAUCAAUUCAACUACGAGAAGAUAACAGCUGCCCUAGAAGGCAUAGAUGUAUCCGUAGACAAGCAUUUUCUGCGGAUGACCGGUUUGUAUCCCCUAGCCCGAUGUUAUUUACCGGGCCUAGAUACUCCGCUGUUGUUUGCAUUCGUGGAGCGGUGGCAGCCGAAGACGAACAACUUCCAUAUGCCGUGGGGAGAGAUGACUAUCACUCUCCACGAUGUCCAGAUGAUUCUAGGUGCCAAUGUGGAGGGACGGGUGGUCGCGCCUAGGUACGACGAGGUCAUCGAGCGGACAAACUGCGUGUAUUUGCUGUCCGAGGCCUUAAACCUCGAGUUUGAGGAGAUUGACGAGUCAUGGAAGCGUGGGGGCCCCACAUGGAGGAUGUUACAGGGACAGUUGUUGAUGCCCGACACGCCCAUGAGACGCCGAGUUCAGAUAUACCUGGAGUUUCUCUUCGGAUCUAUUUUAUUCCCCGACAAGACAUGUGAUCGGGUGAAACCGUGGUAUAUGCACGUGCUCGAGGAUUCAAUGCUUGAUCAGGUCAGCACGUAUUCGUGGGGUUCGGCCUGUUUGGCCAAUCUAUACAGAGAGUUGGGUAUAUGCAGCCGAGCACAGUCGAGGGGCUUGGCGGGUUGCACCACCCUUCUUCAGUGCUGGAUAUACGAGUAUUUCCCGAGAUUCCAGUCGCCGGAGGAGAGCGAGCGCUACCGCGAGUUUCAGCCUCGAUGCAAGAGAUGGAACGCGCCACCAAAAGCGGGCACGCUCGAGCAUAUUCGAGGUUUACUCGACAAUAUGACAGCGGAUGAUGUCGAGUGGCUACCGUAUGGUCGGGAUAUACACGAGAGUAUCCCUCGUACGUUGUAUCAUGGCACAAUCCAGUACAUGUGGGUCGUAGAGCCGUAUCUGUCUGAUCGUUGCGUCCGACAGUUCGGGUGGGUUCAUGAUAUACCGCGCAGCCUGAUUCCAUCGAUGGAGCCAUGUUCACGCGGUCCCAAAGGAGGGAUAUCGUACAAAGUCAACUACCUAUUUCCGGGUGGGAUGUGGGACAUGGUCCAGGCUCAUUCCAUUCGUGUCAACGCAUACAGAACGGCACGACAACGGGGGGAAGUCGACGAGCACUACAUGGAGUGGUACACCGAUCGGACCCAUCCGAAGAUCAACAACCCCGACGUAGGCCCGGCUCCAGUGCAUCGAGAGAAUGUGAGGCCACCAGAUCAGCCAGCUUAUUACCAGAUAGUACGUGCACUGUACCCGAUCACCAGGAGCACUGGACAGGACUGGAUGCAGCAGUUUGCCGAUCUACGUGCCGAUCUUGGAGAUAUUAUGCAGCCCGCCGCCCGAUAUAUUGGCAUCGACCAUGACAACGACAACGACGACGACGAUGACGACGACGAUCAUGAGGUGCAGCCGCCGAGGAGAGCGAGGCGGUAG